CUGCUCUCGAUACAGCGUCUUCGAGCUGUCAGGCAGGAUGCAACCUAAUCUUAAAAUUGAACCAUCCUCUGUCUGCCUUUUCUCCGUUCUGUCUCGCGCCGUUCACUCGUUUUGUCGCUCGUUUUCAGAAAACCACGCUCCCUUACGCGCUUGGACAUUCCGAGUCACUCCUUAAAACACCCGAAUUGAAGCAUCCCUCACUUGACUCGCGACGGAAGGAACACUUCGCAGUGAUAAGACGCCUACGAUGGCAAAUGAUGACGACGCAACCACGAGGGCGAGCCCAGCGCAAUUGAGCGGGGAGCAGGAGAGGGCGAAGACACAGAAUGGAACGGGCCAUCAGCAAACAGAGCGUGAAUCGCAGCAAGAUAGCGGCAAUGACUCGGCCCCGCCGCUGCCACCGAGGGCUCUUCCGCCUCCUCACCAAGCCUCCGUCAAGGCCCGGCCGCUACCACCACUGCCCGGCGCUCAUUUCGCACCUCUGCCGGUACACCUGCCACCUCAGCAGCCACCCGAUUUUCAACGCCCACGCUACCCCGGUUGGGAGAAGACGAAACUGGUGCUCCAAAGUGUAUCCCUCGUUGCGGCGGCAGUCAUAUUCGGCAUCGGUGUCGCUUUUGGCUACAACGUCGUCCGUUACUUCCCCCGCGACUACUUCCAGGUCGAGCUGGAAGUUGCGCUUUCUUUCGCUCCGGCUGGCGCUGCGAUUGCGAUAACCGCACUUGACUUCCUUAAGCGAUAUACCUCCAAGCGACAAUACGGCCUUCAUCCGGGGGCUCUUGUCGCUUUUCAUCUCAUUACCUGGCUUGUCGCGGUUGCGGCUGUUACCAUCGUUGCUAUCUAUGUGUCAGACGAAGAGUACAACUACAGUAGCUAUGAUUACGAUUCUGACGACCAGCCAGUCGACGAGUAUGCUCGCCGCUUCGAGCAGAACAUGUAUUUCCAGAACGUUCUGCUCGGAUUCGACUGUGUCCUUCUCUUCGUCCACUUUGUCUUGUUCGUCGGCGCUUGUGUCGAGACAAACCGAGUUGAGAGAGCGAGGAAGCAGGUUGUGGUUGUCCAAGUGCCGUAUGGCGCCCCUGGGCCCUACCCCAACCCACAGUACCCUGUUUAUGGGUCACCGCAGUCAAUUGUGCCGCAGUCAAGGUCGCAGCCAGGACGGUAUCCGGGCCCGGUGAUGGCCCCGGUGCCGCGACAAGCGGGCGCGGGAACCGACCCGGCAUCGCCUCAACCGGCCGCUUUGUACGGAGGCUACUACGCACCUGCACCACCGGAGAUGGCUUGGACAGCCGCCCAACAGCAGUCUAAUCCCGGACUGUUGCAGGGUUACUACGCACCCGGCACUGUCCCCGCAGGGACGCCCAGUAAUUCUGCACGGCAGUCUCGGCGAGGGCCAUCGGCUUCCGGUGCCAUCAGCUCGGGGUCUCGACGGUCGCAAGCCCAGGCGGCGACUCCGGUUGAGGAGCAACACCAACAGCAGGGUCAAUCGGGCCAUGAGGGGACUGUUGCAGAGAAACCUACUUGAGGAUGAAGAUAUGCUGGAUACCAUGUUACAGGGGAGAAAUCUGGGACAAGAUCUUGAAGUAUCGGUGGAGUCCUUCACACCACUAUCAACUUGGAGCCUUCCUCCGAAAUCUAAUCUAAUCACUGGGGGCGUUCCGCGCGCCGCCUCGCUAACUCCUCUCUUUCUCAAGCGCCAAGUUGUCUGACUGUGCC